GGCCGGCCUCGCUCCAGUGAAGUGCGAGGAAUUACAAAGGCCAAGGGCGGCGCUCUCGACCCGACAUCCAUGUGGGCCCUUACCCAUGCCGAGUAUGGGGCAAUAGUCCUCUCCGUGGGCAGCAUCCGAAGCUCGACGCCGGGAUACAUGUCCCGAGCUAACCUUCCAAGAGAUGCUGCCGUCAUUAUCCGCCAAUCCAAGCAUCUCGUGGCGGUUGUGGCAAGCAAGACGGCCUCUGACUAUCUAUAUACCUUCAUUCCACGUUCCUUGCGAGCCUGAGCCUGCAUCGUUCCCUUCGACCUCACGCAUCGUAGCAUCCCGCAAUGAAUCACGAUAGCAACGACACCCAGGCGGUGAAGCUCACGGGCGAGGAGGUCGCAAAGCACAGCAGCAGGGACUCGUGCUGGGUCAUCGUCCACGGCCGCGUCUACGAUGUCACCGAGUUCCUGCCCGAGCACCCAGGAGGCCCCAAGAUCAUCUUGAAGUAUGCUGGCAAAGAUGCGACGGAAGUGUAUGAGCCCAUCCACCCGCCCGACACCCUGGACAAGUACCUAGACAAGUCGAAGCAUUUGGGAGAGGUCGACAUGAACACAGUGGAGCAGGAAGAGAAGGAGUUUGACCCUGACGAGGAGGAGAGGCAGAAGCGCAUUGAGCGCAUGCCCAUCCUGGAGCAAUGCUACAAUCUGAUGGACUUCGAGGCCGUGGCACGCAAGGUCAUGAAGAAGACGGCAUGGGCCUACUACUCCAGUGGUGCAGACGACGAGAUCACCCUACGAGAAAAUCACAGCGCAUUCCAUAAGAUCUGGUUCCGCCCUCGGGUACUCGUCGAUGUGGAGAAGGUAGACAUGUCCACCACCAUGCUCGGCACAAAGGUCGACAUGCCCUUCUACGUCACUGCCACAGCGCUGGGCAAGCUCGGCCAUCCAGAGGGAGAAGUCAUCCUCACACGAGGUGCCAAGAAGCACAAUGUUAUCCAGAUGAUACCAACACUUGCAUCCUGCUCAUUCGACGAGAUCUGCGAUGCAGCAGAAGACGGCCAAUGCCAAUGGCUGCAGCUCUACGUGAACAAAGACCGAGCGGUCACAAAGCGCAUCGUAGAACAUGCCGAAAGGCGCGGCUGCAAGGGUCUCUUCAUCACGGUCGAUGCGCCACAGCUCGGUCGUCGCGAGAAAGACAUGCGAUCAAAAUUUGACGAUGUUGGCUCCAACGUACAAAGUACUAGCGGUGGUGAGGUGGAUCGAAGCCAGGGCGCUGCACGAGCCAUCUCGUCCUUUAUUGACCCGAGCCUGAGCUGGAAGGACAUACCCUGGUUCAAGAGCAUUACCAAAAUGCCUAUCAUCCUAAAGGGCGUCCAGUGCGUCGAGGACGUUAUUCGUGCUGUUGAGGUUGGGGUGGAGGGUGUUGUUCUUUCGAAUCACGGAGGUCGCCAGCUCGAUUUCGCCCGCUCUGGUGUCGAGGUCCUCGCUGAGGUCAUGCCCGUACUCCGCCAACGCGGCUGGCAAGACCGUAUCGAGGUCUACAUCGACGGUGGUGUACGACGAGCGACAGACAUCAUCAAGGCCGUGUGCUUGGGGGCAAAGGGCGUGGGUAUUGGCCGACCGUUCCUUUACGCCAUGUCUGCGUACGGUUUGCCAGGUGUGGACCGUGCUAUGCAGUUGCUGAGGGACGAGAUGGAGAUGAAUAUGCGGUUGAUUGGCGCUUCGAGCAUCUCUGAUCUGAAUCCUUCCAUGCUUGAUACGAGAGGACUCAGCAUGCACACUGCACCUGUGCCGCACGACACACUUGGGCUGAACGUCUAUGACCCGCUCCUUGGCCCACAAGAGAAGGUUGUCCAGGAGAAGUCGAAGCUGUAAGAUAUAAGCAAAGAAGCGUGAUGGUACUGUACAUAGGCAUUGUUUUGCAGCGUUAAAGAAUAUUGUUCUUGUUUGUAGGCUGCGCAGAUCUAUUGAAUAUUGAACAUCUGUACCCC